AUGAGGAAUACAAGAACGAGUUCUUUCAAAUCAAAAUUUAAGAACACACAAGCAACGACCUUGAAUCUAGAUGAAGACGAUGAUGAUUUCGUUACUCCGCAAUUAUUGAAUGUUACAGAAGCUGAUCCGGUCCCAAUUAAUGUUGACACUUCAAUCCAAACAAAGGUUAGAAGGAACUACCGUACGAGAUCAACACCUGUUAAAGAGAAUAUCAGUACUCAACAUACAGAAGGUGGCGGAAGUGGACAAAAUGAUAUGAAUAUUGUUGGAUCAAGCAAAACAAAGAAACAAAAGAAAAAAACUUCAAAAGUAGAACAUGGAAAGAACAAUGUUGAAUGUGAUUUUAACAAAGAUAAGAAAGGCACAAUACAAAUUGUCAGCACAAGUGUUAGAGGUCUAAAAAGGAAGGGUUCUGAUAGAAAUACACCCGUUAAGGACAAGAAGAAAUCGUCAGAUGCAAGUGGUGAAAGGAAAAAAUCAAGAGGUUUAAAUGAUAUUUUUAUGGAGAGAGUUAGUGGGUCAAAGAAAAACAGUGAAAAUGCUAAUAUUGGUGUGGAUAUGGAAGACAUGGAAGAUGUUGUGGAAACGAAAAAGGUGGUGCAAGAUGCAUAUUCAAAGGAAAGUACAAAAAGAAAGAAAGGAAAUUUAGAACAUGAAAAUGAUAAAAAGAAAACAAUGGAGGGGAAGGUCAGAAAAAUAAGCAAGGAGCAUCCAGAAGGUUACAGAAGACUUGCAACUAGGAUGACUCCUGGAAGCAUAAGUUCAGCUAUGAAAGUAAUGUCACCCACAUAG